GGGUGGGGGCCUCAGCCCACUGCCUGCCUCUGCUUUCUUUCCACCACCUCCCUUUUUCAGAUCGCUGCUCCGAAGGGCCUAAUCCUGAACAGGAGGGUGUCAAGACCGUGCUGAUGCCCCGAGUGCUCGCAGGGCUUCCAGUAAACCAUGCCACGGUCGCCCGCAGCAACCUCGGCGCUGCCUUUGCUACUGCUGCUGGUGCGGGCGCUGGCCCUGGCCAGCGCGCGACCGCCCCCUGGCCCGGAUUACCUGCGGCGCAGCUGGCUGCGGCUGCUGGUGGAGGGCGAGGGCUGCGCGCCCUGCCGGCUGGAAGAGUGCGCUGCGCCGCGGGGCUGUCUGGCGGGCCGAGUGCGCGACGCGUGCGGCUGCUGCUGGGAAUGCGCCAACCUCGAGGGGCAGCUCUGCGACCUGGACCCCAGCGCUCACUUCUACGGGCGCUGCGGCGAGCAGCUCGAAUGCCGUUUGGACGCAGGCGGCGACCUGAGCCGCGGCGAGGUGCCGGAGCCACUGUGUGCCUGUCGUUCCCAGCGACCCCUUUGCGGCUCGGACGGCCGCACCUAUGCACAGAUCUGCCGCUUGCAGGAGGCAGCCGGCGCUCAGCCUGACGCCAACCUCACCGUGGCGCACCCGGGCCCCUGCGAGUCGGAACCCCAGAUCGUGUCGCAACCCCAUGACGUUUGGAACGUGACCGGGCAGGAUGUGAUCUUUGGCUGUGAAGUGUUUGCCUACCCGAUGGCUUCCAUCGAGUGGAGGAAAGACGGCAUGGACAUCCAGUUACCGGGGGAUGACCCUCACAUCUCUGUGCAGUUUAGGGGGGGACCACAGAGAUUCCAAGUGACUGGCUGGCUGCAGAUCCAGGCUUUGCGUCCCAGUGAUGAGGGUACUUAUCGCUGCUUUGCCCGCAAUGCCCUGGGUCAGGUCGAGGCCCCAGCUAGCCUGACAGUGCUUACACCAGACCAGCUGAACUCCACAGGCAUCCCCCAGCUGUGGUCCCUGAACGUGCUCCGGGAGGAGGAGACUGAGAGCCAAGAGGGUGAGGACUACUACUAGGUCCGGAGCCCUGGGCCCUGGCAGGGACAGGGUUCAUCCUUGCUCUUGAAAAGACCUGCAGUGCGCUGGGAAUUUAGCCCCUUCCAAGGUGGCUCUAAUGCUCUCCUUACAUCAUUCCUAAGGGGGUGCCAUUUGGUCAAUUCCGAUUCAUAGGGGCCCGAUGUACAGCAGAAGGAAACACCGCCUGGCCUUGCACCAUCC